CCAAAUUUUGUAUACUAACGUUGAGUUCCAAUGGCUUCCCAAUUCACCGUCUUCUUCCUCAUCCUUUCGCUCUCCACAGUUUUGGUCAUUGGAGAAGAUCAUGGCUUUGGAAGAAUCCUAGACAGGAAGCUCCUUGGGUUAAAUGAAGAAAAGCUAAGCCACUUUCAGUUCUAUUGGCAUGACAUAGUUAGUGGUCGCAACGCCACUUCAGUCCCAGUUGUAAGACCACCCCAAAACACAUCAACCUUUGGUUUUGUAAGCAUGAUUGAUAACCCUUUAACCUUAGGACCAAAAGUGAGCUCCAAAUUGGUGGGAAGGGCACAAGGGUUCUAUGCCUCUGCUUCACAAGAAGAGGUGAGUCUAUUAAUGGUGAUGAACUUUGCAUUCAUUGAAGGCAAAUAUAAUAGUAGCACAAUUACUGUGCUAGGCAGGAACUCAGUGUUCAACAACAUGAGAGAGAUGCCAGUUAUUGGAGGCAGUGGGCUUUUCAGGUUUUCUAGGGGUUAUGCUCAGGCCAGGACUCAUACUUUUGAUCCCAAGACUGGAGAUGCCAUUGUUGAGUACAAUGUCUAUGUGCUGCACUAUUGAUGUUCUUCAACUUUUGUUGUGAACUUCAAUCUCUUGUGAACUGUGAUGCUCUUUUUUGAGGUGUAAAUUUCAUGUAUGUUGGCCACCUUGGUUAGGGUUUCUCUUGUUCAAUAACAAUAAUAGAGAAAUAUUUUGUUUAGUUUCA